CGCGCUGAUGACUAGCCCGUGCUGCUCCAGGAGGACCUCAGUCAAGCGGCAAGCAGCGGCAAGCCCAGCAGUCCACGCAUCGCCCCUUCGCCCGCCGACCGCCGCCAACCCCACCCUCACCAUGAAGCUAGUGUUGACCUUUGCCUGCGUCGCCCUGGCGGCCCUCUGCCUGAGCGCGGACGCCCUCAAGACCACGGCGCCCACCAAGACGUGCCCCAAGUGCGACGGCGUCAAGUACGAGCCCGUGUGCGUGAGGAUGGGCGGCUCCGACAAGGAGCCCAAGCUCACCACCUUCGGCUCCGACUGCGUGCUGCAGGCCUACACCUGCGAGAAGGGAACCACCCUGUCCAUCCACAAGAAGGGCGAGUGCCCUCCCGGCAGCCCCGUGCGCCUGUCCUAGGCACUGACGUCACCACCACCAUCGCCAUCACCAUCAACGCCAUCACCAACGCCACGGACAACGGCAGGGACACGCUGGAACUCAUGAGCUGCUGAAGGGUCCAUGGGGCCCCAUGGACAAAGAACGGAUCGGUCACGAUUUCCAACCAUUUUGUAAUUUUAUUUUCAUCGAUUUUCUUAUCAUUAUUUUGUAGGACGUAACGAUAUAAACGACUUUCUCAAUGUAA